AACAAAAAAACCCUUUUGACAAAAACGUAGAGGUUGUUAACAAACUUCAUCUUUCUUCCCUUCAUUUCAUGUCGUAUUAUCUCCCAACAACAAUGUCGUCUCUUUCUCACCAAAUCGAACCCUCCAUAAACCCUAACCCUAAUCUUCCUCCGGUAGCUCCACCGCUGCCGUCGGAUGAAGUUCCGAAUCGGUCUAAACGUCCACGUGAGGAGGAUGAGGAAUACGCCGCCGCGACGACGGAUGAGGCAGAGCCGCCAGUGAAGAAGAGGGUUAAGGUUGGGCAAGACGUAGUGUACCGUAUAGUUGUACCGUCGAGACAGAUCGGCAAAGUUAUUGGUAAAGGAGGACAUCGUAUUCAGAAGAUUCGUGAAGAUACUAAAGCUACCAUCAAAGUUGCUGAUGCUAUCGCUCGUCAUGAAGAGCGAGUAAUCAUCAUUAGCUCCAAAGACAAUGACGAUACGUUUUGUGAUGCGGAGAAUGCCCUUCAUCAAAUUGUGUCACUUAUUUUGAAGGAUGAUGAUGCCAACCAUGAUGCACAGAAAGUUGGUGCUGGACAUGUGGCAGCAAACACAAUAAGGUUCUUGAUUGCUGGUUCUCAAGCAGGUGGUUUGAUAGGAGUGUCUGGUCAAAAUAUUGAAACUUUGAGGAAUUCUUCUGGAGCUGCUAUCACAGUUCUUGCUCAACAUCAGUUGCCUUUGUGUGCAUCUGCUCAUGAGUCCGAUCGUGUAGUACAGGUAGCAGGAGACAUUCCUGCGGUCUUGAGGGCCGUGGUAGAAAUUGGCUGUCAAUUGAGGGAUAAUCCCCCUAAACAAGUGAUUUCGAUCAGCCCGACAUACAAUCAUGGUUAUUCUCGCCCUCAACCAUAUGUGGAUCCAUCUUCAGCUGAAUAUGUAAAUCUGACAAUGUUAGUACCCGAAUCAUUAGCUGGUGGAUUGAUUGGAAGGUGCGGCUCCAAUAUUUCAAGGAUCCGUGCAGAGUCCGGAGCGACAAUUAAGGUACAUGGUGGGAAGGGUGAACAGAAACAAAGACAAAUCCAUCUGGGUGGUAGUGCACAACAGGUCGCUCUUGCAAAGCAAAGAGUUGAUGAAUAUGUCUAUUCCCAGUUGAUGUUACAAGCUGGUGGUGAGCAGCUACAGGAUACAAUGCAGCUACAGCAGUCAAUGCAGCUGCAGCAGUCAAUGCAACUGCAGCAGUCAAUGCAGCUACAACAGUCAAUGCACCUGCAGCAACAAAUACCAGAAACAUCUGCCACUCUGUUGCCAGGAUAUAAUCAUGGUCAUGGACAUUAUAUGAACAGUAACCAAGAAGCUCAAAUGAUGACAUCAUACCCACAAGUGUACCCAUCGACCACUCCUCAAGCUCCCGCUUACUAUGGUCAGUCUUAUCCAGCUCCACAAAUGUAGAGGGCAAAAGGGGUCUAUUUGGUACAGUUUUUCAGUCAGAUGAUUGAUAUACUAAGUGUUGAGAAUUUCUUGUUGUGUCAUUGUUUUGAUUUCUGAUAUAAUGUCGCAUUGGAGAUGGUCGGUUUUCGGCCAGGAUGUCUCUUGUUGAUCAGUUGCAACAUAGUUUGCAUGAGAUCACUUAAUUCACGGGAUAUUGAUGCAAAAGUUAAUGCUUAAAGUUUUAUGAUCAAUGAAUCUAGUAUGCGCCUCUGGGAGCGGCAGAUCUACUGAAAGGAGCUUAUAAUAGCAGUUCCAGUGAAGGUAUAGCACAACCCUCUGAAUCUUCUGCCCCUUUGUUCUCCUCUGCUUCCAUCCUGCCCGACCCUGCCCCAUGAAAAAGCUCCCAAGCCCCGCCCUGGUUUACCUUUGCUGCUUGAUUUUCAUUUACCUCUGUUGUUUCCAUCAGAACAGAAACAGGGAUGUGGGUAUGCAUUGCACGUCAGACGCAGUCACCUCCCAUUGAACUGAUAUCUGAAGAACUUUAAAAACAUUUCUUGCGAAUGAUUUAGAAAUGAGAUGAUCUGGAAUGGUGGAUCAGGGAGCGCCGAUGGAGAAGCAGAGCUCGGGUGAACUGGCUGUAGCAGCAAAAGAUUGGACCCUAGCUCAUCGGUUCAAUUUAUUUCUUUUUGCCGCCCAAACCAUUUCAAAUCCCAUCACCAUACUUGCUCCCUACCCAAUGCCCUAGAGUUUUCCCUACCCGCCAAUCCUGUGCAGCUCCGUCAUGAUUAUAAUUCCCCACCAGCCCUGCCCCGCAUUGCCCCCGCGUGUGUCUCCCUUAGGAUUCACUGCCAUAUCUUUGACUUAUUUAUCUUUUGAUUUUUAUUAGGUAGAAGCUGCUUGACACAUUGUGGCUCGAUCUCUUACAAAGCAUGAGUGUGGCCGGAUGUGUUUGUAGUAAGCAUGAUAAUACAAGUCUUAUUAAUCCUGGUCGAACUGAAUCCCAUAAUGGCAAGGUGAUGAUUUUCUGGUGAUGUUGCCCAAAAUUA